AAGUUGAGGAGGAGAAAGUCAAUGGUACUUCCUUCUCCAGGUUCUAUCUUUGACGCUGUGAUGGAGGAGAAGCAGAAGGUGGGAGGGGAGAUGGUGGUGUUUGAAGGAAAGCGAGGUGGUUGUGUGGAGGAGGAGAAGCAGGUGAAGGAAUAUCCUGCUCCAUUGUUCACGCACAAGGAGCUCUUGGAGGAGAAGCAGAAGGUGGGAGGGGAGAUGGUGUUGUUUGAAGGGAAGCGAGGUGGUGGUGUGGAGGAGGAGAAGCAGGUGAAGGAAUACCCUGCUCCAUUGUUCACACACAAGGAGCUCUGUAGUGAUCCUGGCAUCUUCGUGGAGGCCUUGCGUCGAUUUCAUUCUCUCAUGGGCAGUAAAUUCAUGAUUCCGGUGAUAGGAGGGAAGGAUCUUAACCUGCAUUUGCUUUAUGUUGAGGUCACUGAAAGAGGGGGACUUGAGAAGGUGAUUGUGGAGAAGAGAUGGAGAGAGGUUAUAGCGAUUUUCAACUUUCCACCGACGACGACGAGCGCUUCCUUUGUGUUGAGGAAGUAUUAUUUGAGUCUUCUUCAUCAUUUUGAACAGGUUUAUUUCUUUGGAGCGCGGGGGACUCUUGUACCUCCGGCCGAGGCAUUGCAAACCAGGUCUCAGAUGUGUAAGUUCGAUGAAAUGGCGCGGUCGGAUUCCGGCCCGGCGAUGAGGAGGAAGAGGGCGUUCCCGCCGGCGAUUAUACCAGAUAGAAAUUUGGUCCCUGAAUAUGCCAAGGAUCAACAGCUUCAUGGAUCUCCAUACGUUGAAUCUCCUAGCCCUUAUGGGAGAAAGAGGCCAAUAGUUGUACAAUCCAUUUCUCAGAUUCCCAAUGGCCAUUUAUCUGCAAAAUCAAGCUCAUUACAUGUGGAAGGUUCACCUCAACAUAGUAGUCUUGCAACUGGUGUGUAUCUCCCUAUAUAUGCUCUUGCUACUUGUCAAGUGCAAAGACCUCCUUUCAAUGCGAAGGAAUUUGAGGGAUCAUAUCCUUCUGCUGCAAGUGGCAAAGAGACAAGCCCUCCUGGGUCUGCUCCACCUUCUGAUGGUCUUGAUAAUUUUGCGGCUUCUGCUCCCAUUCCUCCCACUGAUGGAAGCAUGCCUUCAGCAACAGGUGGUACUUGUAAUUUCACAGUGACUGGAACUAUUGACGGCAAGUUUGACUAUGGCUACUUUGUGACUGUAAAAAUUGGCUCUCAGCUACUUCACGGUAUACUAUAUCAUGCCCAUCAGCAUCAAAUAGGAAGUCCUCCUUCUGUGCUUAAUCCCGACCAGCCAGUUUCUUCUCCAGUGAAUCCAGUCUUCCAAAACCCUUCACCUUGCUCCUUUGCUGCUGCAACCACGGUAAAUGCCAAUUUAUCUUAUAUGCCGGCAACAAGAUCUGUUGGAAGGAGACGACGGCUUAAGAACCGUGACCCAGGCAGGCCGAAGCCUAACCGAAGUGCAUAUAACUUUUUCUUUGCUGAGAAGCAUUUUGAGCUCAAAUCUCAAUGCCCACACAUGGAAAGAGAAUACAGCAAGAAGAUAGGAGAGUCUUGGAAUAAACUCACUCAUCAAGAGAGGCUGCUCUAUGAAGACUGUGCAAGGAGAGACAAGGAGAGAUACAGAAAAGAGAUGCAAAUUUAUAAGGAGAGCUUCAAAUUUUUAGAGCCAAAACAGUCUGAAAGGGGGAUUGAUCUGCCGAAAAUAGUUGUUAGAAGAGAUAUACAAGAUUGUAGUGAUACGAUUGAAAUUGCUCGUUCAAAGGAGAUGGCAACUUUGGAGAAGGAAUCAAGGAUUGCUGAGGACAAUAAGACCGAAAAACAAGAAAUUACAAAAAGAGAGGCUGAAGAUUAUAUUCAAAGGGUCAAGUUUGUAAAUCCAGAAGAGAUUGCAAGCUCUACUAAGAGUGCAAAGAUUGAGAAAUUAGAACAUGAGUUAGGGAAGGAGGUUAUAAAUGCUGCAGUAGAAAUUGAUAUGAUGAAGACAGAUGCAACAGUUGUGAAUACAGAAAAUUAAUUAGUUUUAAGUUUCCAUACAGCUUUUAGCAGUGCGUUGUAUGAAGUACCAACAUCUAUAGUUACAUGAAAAAACAAGCUGA